AUGCGUCCAGAGCCAAAGCGAAACUCCCCACAGGUCUCCAAUCGGGAUCUCUCCAAAGGAUCCCCAAAAGCUACAACGAAACAAGCCCCCACUAGAGCAGCCGCCGCCUCAAAGGCGACAGAGUCAGCCACAAAGGCUUCGACAUCGACAUCCAACAAUAAGUCCGCGGCUGUAGCAUCAUCCGAUUCGAGUCCUAAGAAGACACGCGACCAAUCGCUUCCUCCUCCACCCCCCCCUCCUCCACCAGCCGUACCCGAUGAAGGUGGAGACUACUUUUCGCAAGUCCCUAACAAAUACCGUGAAGAACCAAAUCCAUUCGAGGAGUCCUUUUCGAAACCGGACGUUUUAACGCCGGGCAAGGCUCUUCUUCCCCCGGCUUCCCAAAUCGCUUCCCCGAAUACCAACUUUGGAACCGCAAGUGGGUUCAAUUGGGGUCUCCACUCCCUCCGAUCGGGGCCUCUGUCCCCCGCCAUGCUGACAGGACCAUCCGCACACGGAUACGAUGCCUCUUUGAGGACCGGACUAACUCCCAAUGAGUCCGGUAUCCGAUCUGGAUUGACACCGGGUGGAUCAGGUAGUAUGUUCCCAGCUCCAUCACCAAACACACAAGCACUUUUUGGAUUCGGCAGCGGACCGACACCCGGUACACUCGAGUUUCAAAAGACCGCAAUGGCAGCUCAGGCUGUAAACAGGGCUUCAAAACCAGCAGUUAUCUCCCAAACAAUCCCCAUUGCUAAACCCGAUGAAAAUCCUGACGUCAUGGACGUUUCGGGGAUCGCCGCCGUGAACUCUAUCCCGCAACCACCACAACAACGUCACCCUUCGGAUCCUUUUGGAGUAGAUGCUAAUGCCGCUGCCAACGGCUUGUAUAUGCUUGCCCAACAAGGUCAGAUACACCAGGCCGAAAAUCGAAUCGUCCCGGCUAACAUUCCACAAGCAAUCCCAGUUCCCACAACGAAUGGCUCCGUGCCAAUGAGCAUUGACCCCGCCAAUAGCAAUAUAAAACGAAACUCUAUUACUACUAGCGGACACAGCAGGAACGCUAGCACCGCAACCCGUGGCCAGAGCGAGGCCAGUGAUGAUAUGGCUGGGAGUGAUGGCGCCGAUGCUGGUGCUGCUAAAGGGAAGAAGGGUAAAUCGACACCCGGGAAGAAAGGAGGCGCGAUCAACGCAGGUGUUACAAAACCUACUGCUGGAAAUCGACGAAAAGCAGAGGAAAUUAAAGUUGGUGCAAAUAAGAAGAAGAGGGCCAUGUCCCCCGAAGAUGAGGAUGAGGACAUGGAUGAUGUCGACGAUAUGGAUGAUGGAGAUGAUGGCAAGGAUGGCAAUGGUCAGGAUUCGAAGAAGAUGACCGAUGAGGAGAAGAGAAAGAACUUUUUGGAAAGGAACAGGGUUGCUGCUUUGAAGUGUCGCCAAAGGAAGAAACAAUGGCUGGCUAACCUCCAGGCCAAAGUUGAAUACUACGGUGCCGAGAACGAUGCUCUGAAUGCUCAGGUCACCAACCUGCGUGAAGAGAUAUUGGCUCUCAAGACCCUGCUCCUCGCGCACAAGGACUGCCCUGUCAGUAGAGCACCUGGUGGGCCGCCUAUGGGAGGGCUUGAUGCAUUGGGUGCCCUUAGUCAGGGUGACUAUGCUCAGCUUCACCACGGGUACCCAGUAGCACAGGUUAGCAUGGCUCCACCUGGAUCUCGACGGUUCUCGUGA